AUGAAGUCGGCGCUGUGCAGCCGCUUCUUCAUCCUCCUGCCCUGGAUCCUGAUCGUCAUCAUCAUGCUGGACGUGGAUCCCCGGAAGCCCGCGCCUCAACUCACUUCACGCCCCUACUUCUCCCCACACACACUGGGCUGCGGGGGCUCCCGGGCUCCUCUCCGACGGAGCCACCCGGGCCGCGACGCUCCCGGGAAGCGCAACGAGUCCCGGCCCCGGCUGCCCCCGGAGCCCCGGCUGCCCACCAUCUAUGCCAUCACGCCCACCUACAGCCGCCCGGUGCAGAAAGCCGAGCUGACCCGCCUGGCCAACACCUUCCGCCAGGUGGCGCAGCUGCACUGGAUCCUGGUGGAGGACCGGGCCACGCGCAGCGAGCUGGUGAGCAGCUUCCUGGCUCGGGCCGGGCUGCCCAACACACACCUGCACGUGCCCACGCCGCGGCGCUACAAGCGACCGUGGCUGCCGCGCGCCACCGAGCAGCGCAACGCGGGCCUCGCCUGGCUGCGCCAGAGGCACCAGCACCAGAGCGCGCAGCCCGGCGUGCUCUUCUUCGCCGACGACGACAACACCUACAGUCUGGAGCUCUUCCAGGAGAUGCGGACCACCCGCAAGGUUUCUGUCUGGCCCGUUGGCCUCGUUGGCGGGCGACGCUACGAACGUCCAUUGGUGAAAAAUGGCAAAGUUGUUGGCUGGUACACCGGGUGGAGAGAAGACAGGCCUUUUGCCAUCGACAUGGCAGGAUUUGCUGUGAGUCUACAAGUCAUCUUGUCCAAUCCGAAAGCCGUAUUUAAGCGCCGUGGAUCCCAGCCAGGGAUGCAAGAAUCUGACUUUCUAAAGCAGAUAACAACAGUUGAAGAACUGGAGCCAAAGGCUAGUAACUGCACCAAGGUUCUCGUGUGGCACACUCGGACAGAAAAGGUUAAUCUAGCCAAUGAGCCAAAGUACCACCUGGACACAGUGAACAUUGAGGUAUAGACACCAAGACCAGCAGGUGUAGAGGAGGAAGUCUGGAGUUUAGGCGGCUGCUCAUUCAGGUACUAUUCCUUUUUUCUUCAGCCUCACCUGUCAGCCAAUGGACAUCUGUUUAAAAACAGCUAACUGGAUGUGACAAAAUGUGUUGUCUUCAUUUGUUCUGCAUGUUUUCUCUACCCCUUAACUGGGAAGACUUUUGUACCCUGCAGCAAACAACACUGAAAAAGAACAUCUGAGUAUCUCAUGUGCUGCUCCCUCCCUCCCAUCAAGCCAUCCCAUAACUGAAAUAGGUUUUAUAGAAUGGGAUGAUAUUCUGUCAACUAAAUAUUCACAAUUCUUGGCUGUGCAACAUGAAAUUAUUUGGAAAGCUGGUGGUAGUGUACACUGUAGGAAAUAAAACCCACAAAUAAAAAAAAAGUGUGUGGAUUCAUCUGUUUAA